UGCCUUGGUGGCUCAGGAGUCGGGGGGCCGAGGGCGGGCGCAUCCCAGUUUCCCAGCGGAGCGGCAGCAGGCGGCUUGGCUGGCCUUGUGUGGGGCGCAGCCCUUGCUAAACGGGGCCGUAAGAGGCCGACUAACCCCGCAACCCCGUCCCUGGGCAUGGCGAUUCCUGCCGCUUCUAACAUGGCCCGAUCCUGCUCUCUGCUGCGGCGUCAUAGAGGAGGGCGCCUGGGUUUUGUGGGGCGGGGAAGGGAAUCCCCGGAAACCCCUCUUCUCCCAGCCUGUGGGGUGGCUGCUGUGGGGCUUUGCUCCCAGAACUGGCACCUUUGGGAGGGUGACUGUAUAUGCCUCUGUGGGGCUCUCUCGGGUGCUUUGCCGGCCUCCCCCCCCCCCACCUCACUUUGGAACUUCAUUGUGAUUAUGUUGAAAAGCGGCCAAGCUCUUGCAUUGACUGCUGCAAAUGGCACAACCUCAGGCUUCCUUAGAAGGAGGUUUGGGUGGUUGUACGCCAAAAGCAGGGAUGCUGGUCAGGGAUGAUAGGAUCUGUAGUCGGAAAAACAUCUGGACGGCCGACGUUCCUGAUUUAAUGGCAGGUUUCUGAGCCGUCAUUGAACUUGGAAGCGAAUGAUGCGUUACAGGUGUUUGGGCUCUGGAAGCAGAUGUACUUUAAACUUCCCUCCUCCUAUCAAGUGGCUGCUUUUUGACAGCUGGGAACAAGAAAGAUGGAAGAUGAACUGAAGAUGGAGAGUCAAAACCUUGACCAAGAUCAAGGUCCCUUUGUGGCAGAUGAAUCAAGUCAGCAGCCAUUGUGCCAGGAAGCCCCUUCCCCCAAGCUGUCUGUGACUGAAUUGAGUAGAGAGUUGGACUCCAAGAGUGAGCUGAUAGAUGACAAGGAGUUUGAUAUUCCUCAGGUUGAUACUCCCCCAACACUGGAAAGUAUUUUAAAUGAGACUGAUGAUGAAGAAGAGCCAUUUGUUCUUGAGGAUCCUUCCCUUCUAAAUAUCGAUAACAUUGACACUCACUCAUAUGAUACUUCAUCUGUAGCGAGCUCUGACAGCGGCGAUAGAACACACCUGAAAAGGAAGAAGAAACUUCGUGAUUCUUUCUCCAUCCAUGGCUCUGUGAUACGGCUGUCCCUUCUGAAAGGAAUCUCUGCUCAAAUAGUAUCUGCAGCGGCCAAAGUGGAUGCUGGCUUACCCACUGCAAUUGCAGCCUCAAGUCUCAUAGCAGUGGGAACAUCCCAUGGACUGGCACUGAUAUUUGACCCUAACCAGGCUCUUCGGCUUUGCUUGGGCAGUACUGCAGUUGGAGCACAGUAUGGGGCUAUAUCUGCUCUUAGCAUCAACAAUGAUUGUUCAAGACUUCUGUGUGGUUUUGCAAAAGGACAGAUUACAAUGUGGGAUCUGGCUAGUGGAAAGCUUUUGAGAUCAAUAACAGAUGCUCAUCCUCCAGGAACAGCAAUUUUGCACAUUAAGUUUACAGAUGAUCCAACUCUAGCGAUUUGCAAUGACAGUGGAGGCUCAGUAUUCGAACUCUCUUUCAGGAGAGUCAUGGGUGUGAGAACAUGCGAGUCACGCUGCUUGUUCAGUGGUUCCAAGGGAGAAGUCUGCUGCAUUGAGCCUUUACAUGCAAAGGCUGAACUGAGAGACCAUCCCAUCACCCAGUACUCCCUGCUAGCAAUGGCUUCCUUAACAAAGAUUCUUGUCAUUGGCUUGAAACCGUCUUUGAAAGUGUGGAUGACUUUCCCAUAUGGUCGUAUGGACCCAUCCAGUGUUCCAUUGCUAGCAUGGUAUUUUGUUGCUGUACAGACAUCUGUGAAUCCCGUGCUUGCCUUCUGCCGAGGAGAUGUUGUCCAUUUCCUUCUGGUUAAAAGAGAUGAAUCUGGAGCAAUCCAUGUUACAAAGCAGAAGCAGCUACAUCUGCACUAUGACCUCAUUAAUUUUACAUGGAUAAAUUCACGCACAGUGGUGCUUCUGGAUAGCGUGGAGAAACUGCAUGUGAUAGAUCGUCAGACACAGGAGGAGCUUGAGACUGUGGAGAUCUCAGAAGUCCAGUUAGUGUACAACAGCAGCCAUUUCAAAUCAUUGGCUACAGGAGGCAAUGUCAGCCAAGCACUGGCGCUGGUGGGGGAGAAAGCUUGUUACCAGUCAAUCAGCAACUGUGGUGGUCAAAUUUUUUAUUUAGGUACAAAGUCUGUCCAUGUGAUGACACUGAGGAGCUGGAGAGAGAGAAUAGAUCACCUUCUGAAGCAAGACUGCCUUAAUGAAGCACUGGCUCUUGCUUGGUCCUUUCACGAAGGGAAAGCCAAGGCUGUCGUAGGGUUGUCUGGAGAUGAACAGAAACGAAAGGCUGUUGUUGCAGACAGAAUGGUUGAAAUUCUUAUCCAUUUUGCUGAUCGAACGAUGAAGAAAUGUCCUGAUCAGGGUAAAAUCCAGGUUAUGGAGCAGCACUUUCAGGAUAUGGUGCCUGUCAUUGUUGAUUACUGCCUUCUGCUUCAGCGGAUGGAUCUGUUGUUUAGCCAGAUGUAUGACAAGAUGAGUGAAAAUUCUGUGGCAAAGGGUGUCUUUCUGGAGUGUCUUGAGCCAUACAUUUUAAGUGAUAAAUUGAUGGGAAUUACAGCUCAAAUUAUGAAAGAUUUGCUGCUUCACUUCCAAGAUAAGAAUUUAAUGGCAAACAUGGAGGCUUGCAUUGUACAUAUGGAUAUCACCAGCCUAGACAUACAGCAGGUGGUCCUCAUGUGUUGGGAGAAUCGUUUGUAUGAUGCCAUGAUCUAUGUCUACAACAGUGGCAUGAAUGACUAUAUUACACCAAUGGAGAAAUUGUUCAAGGUCAUUGCUCAUCCUCUUAGUGCUGGAAAGUCUCUCUCAGACGAGCAAGUCAUCAUGGGCAACAAGCUUCUUGUCUAUAUAAGUUGCUGUUUGGCAGGUCGAGCUUAUCCACUGGGCAAUAUUCCUGAAGAUCUGGUACCUUUGGUUAAAAAUCAGGUCUUUGAAUUCCUCAUUCGUUUGCACUCAGCAGAGGCACCCACCGAUGAAGAGGUUUACCCCUAUGUCCGCACCCUGCUGCACUUCGAUACACGGGAGUUCCUCAAUGUUCUUGCACUGACAUUUGAAGACUUUAAGAAUGACAAGCAAGCUGUAGAGUACCAACAGAGAAUUGUGGACAUCCUUCUGAAGGUUAUGGUGGAGAAUUCUGAUUUUACCCCCUCACAAGUUGGAUGUCUCUUUACUUUCCUUGCCCGACAGCUUGCUAAGCCCAACAACACGCUGUUUGUAAAUAGGACGCUGUUUGACCAGGUCCUUGAAUUUCUCUGCAGUCCUGAUGAUGAUUCACGGCACUCUGAGAGACAGCAGGUUCUUCUAGAAUUGCUCCAAGCUGGAGGCAUAGUACAGUUUGAAGAGAACAGACUCAUUCAAAUGGCAGAAAAGGCUGAAUUCUAUCAAAUCUGUGAGUUUAUGUAUGAACGGGAACAUCGCUAUGAUAAGAUAAUUGACUGCUACUUACGAGAUCCAUUGAGAAAGGAAGAAGUUUUCACUUAUAUCCACAAUAUACUCUCCAUUCCUGGAUAUAACACAGAAGAAAAACAGUCUGUGUGGCAAAAAGCUAUGAAACACAUUGAGGAGCUGCUGUCAGUGAGUCCCUUUAAAGCAGCCGAUCUGAUUUCAGUUCACUUCAGUGCGCAGAUUGAACAAAUAAUUCAGAACCUUCAGGAUCAAUGUUUGCUUUUCCAGUUUUUGAGGAGCCUACUUGACCCAAGGGAAGGUGUCAAUCAAGAGUUGCUUCAGCUUUCUCCCUUCGUUACUGAGCAGUUUAUUGAGUUGCUGUGUCGGUAUGAUCCUGACCAGGUUUUAGAGACUUUGCAAUUCCUGGAGUCCUACAGGCUGGAAGAGGCAAUUCAGAUCACACAGAAAUACCAACUCCAUGAAGCUUCUUCCUAUCUACUUGAGAAGAAAGGAGAUAUUCAUGGUGCCUUCCUAGUUAUGCUUGAGUGGCUACAAAGCAAGUUGUUGACACUUACAUGUGAAGAUGAAAGUUCAAUAGAAUUUCCUUCAUUAAAGGAUAUUGAAGAUAGCUUAGCAAAAACAAUUGCACUUUGCCAGAGGAAUUCACACAAGUUAAAUCAACCACAGCGAGAGGCACUGUGGUUUCCACUCUUAGAAGCAAUGAUGUCUCCCCAAAAGUUGUCCAGUUCUACUGCGCUGUGUCAUUACUCUGAAUUUUUGAAGAGCUUGACGAUGCAAGUGUUGAACAACAUGGCAGCAUUCCUUGCCCUGCCACUGAUCUUGCAGAAAAUUCUACAGGAUCCAGUCUAUGGAAGAGGAAAACUGGGAGAAAUUCAGGGUCUUGUUCUGGGUAUGCUAGACAGCUUUAAUUAUGAACAAACUCUUUUGGAGACUACAACCAAUCUACUCAACCAUGACCUCCACUGGUCCUUACGUAAUUUGAAAGCAUCUGUGACUAGAGGGCUAAACCCCAAGCAAGAUUACUGUUGUAUUUGUCUACAGCAGUACAAGAGAAGACAAGAGACUGCUGACCAAAUCAUAGUCUUCAGCUGUGGCCACUUGUACCACUCUCUCUGCCUGCUGAGUAAAGAGUGUGGCACUGAAAAAGACGGCCAGAUGAGAUGGACUUGUUUUAAAUGCAAUGCAAGUAACAAAGGAGGAAAACUAAGCGGGACUUGCUUAGAAAUGAAGAAGGGAACUCCUGUAUCCCUGGCACAGACCAAUUCUGAGGCCAUCUUGGAUCCACAGCAAGCUCAAGCUUUUGACCAGCUUUGUCGUUUGUACCGAGGAACAUCAAGGUUGGCUCUUCUGACUGAACUCUCACGGGACCGUGGUGGAGAAAAACAUGGGCCCUUCCAUAUCUCCCAGGGUGAUUCUGCACUGAAUAGUGUCUUCCAGAAUGAGACCUUCCAACUUCACCUCACUCCUCCUCCUCUAGUGGAAGACUAAUCUCUAUUUGAUGGGGCUCCAGGGCAGGAGAACAGCACCGUGAAAAGUACUUGACGAUACUCCUGAUGGUGGAAUAAGCUCCUGAGAACUUCACUUUGUAUUUAGUAGACGGGAGGUUGCAACAAUGCGGAAACUUUGUAAGGACCAGCUAUUAUUUUCCCUCUGUGACUUGCUUAACAAAGCAGAAGGGACAUAAAAAAUAUCUCUCAGUCUUGUUUCCAUUGGGCUUUGCUGAAAGCUAUAAACUACUCUGUCAAACCUAUGCUGUUCGUCACUGGAGCUGAACACAACAGUACUUGGGGCAGCUGCACUAAGCCCCAGGGAUAAAGUGUCUGCAGCCAGAGCUUAUUUAAAUAAUUGGAGUCUGUUCCCUUAGAGAAGAAAACCAAGGGAAUACAACAAACGUCAGUCAUCCAAAGUUGACAUUUCUCUCAUUUUAAUUUAAAACAAGCUGUGAAGCUCUACAGUCAGUAUUCUAAUAGGUAGCUGAAUGCAGAGAACCCAACUGAACCCAAGCGAGAAAGAACUGCCAAGGAUGUCCCAAUUGCAUGAUUUUUUCUUAAAUUGCUUUAUCUCUUCCUCUGAUUUUAGCCACUGCAUUAAAUCUGUGUUGGCCCUUGUGCUAGUGGCUCAAGAAGGUUUGCUGUGACAGAUGCUAUUCCAGGAAAGUGCCACUCAUUAGCAUCCUGAACCAGAAAUUUUGCUAACCAAGCACAUUGUAAGGUAGUACUCAGCCAACUUGACAGUGGCAAAUAUUUGAUGCCAGCUUGUGUGUGUUGUGAGGCCUGCACUAGCUGUGUGCCAGCAUUUCCACAGAGCUCUCACUGUUUCUAGUGUACCAAAAGAAAACAGCACAUUCAUCAUUAUGAUGGCGGCUUCUGCCGAGUCACUGAGCUGCAUGGAAAGGACACCCUCUUUCAUUGUAUCCCACCCUACCCCUAGAUCAUCUAUCUGUUAUGAACUCUAUACUGAAUUAAAGGAAAGGCUUCAGAUGGUGGUUUAUGAUCCUCACCCCUCUCCCGCUCUCGCUCUCUUCUGUGUAGAUAGGGCAUCAAUAGAAGCCUGCAACAGGAAUGGGUUUUAAUAUGAAUUUAAGGUGAUUUUUUCCUGGUCCUACAGGGUAAAGCAUAAGCUUCCCACUAGUGUCUUGUUUAAUGUCCUUACAUCUCCAAAAGCUGGUAGUUGGCAGUUUUCCCUGCCAAUUUGUUUAAGGCGUUUCCUGUCUUUGUGAUAACCUGUCCAAAGGGAGAACAAGUGCAGAUUAAAAAGCACAUCAAGCAGUUUUUUCACGUGACCUGCUACUGACUGCCAUGUCCAGAGGUUAUUGCAGUGUGUAUUGUGUUCCCUCAUCUUUUCUCAGGAUGCAAAUGGUUCUCCACUAUGCAUUAAUGAAAUUGAUGCACAUAUGGCUGCAGAUUACUCAUAUGCUAGAGGUAUGUACAUCUGGAGUGCACAAAUUGAGAAAAGGUUAUAUGCAUACAAUUUUAUUUAUUUAAAACAUUCAUUGAUGUGGGAUUAUUAUGAAAUGGGGCCUUAGGUACCCAUUUUCUGAUCUAAUCCUCUUCAGUUAAAGCUUACCUAUUUAAAUGUUCAGCAUCAUCCUUGAUUGCACCCUUGAUGGAAAGGGGGUUGUAAUCAUGCUGUGAAUAUAUUAUUAUUCUUGUGCAAGUAUUCAGGUAUAAAUAUGUAUGAACACUUCUGCCUCCUCUUGAACUGAUGCCUCUUAGUCCUGGCUUAUGUUUGUCCAUGCUAUGUAAUCAAGCAAGAUCUCUGGCACCUAGGUGACCACUGAUUUUACGGUAAAGGAAUAUCAACUCCUGGUAAGCAGGUUUUCUUGGUCUUAAUCAAAAUAUGCUUACCGUUCUAGUAAGAAAUGUCUUUGCAGUAGGUAAUUUAAAUAAAAGUGCCAGUAUCAAGUGCUAUUAUAUAAAUGUACGGUAUGAGCACACAUUUGGUUGCCAAAUUUCAAAAAAGAUAUUGGCGAGCUGGCAAAGGUUCAUAAAAUACAACCAAAAUGAGAAAGAGCUGACCACCUCCCAAAUUAGGGAAUGUUACAGUGUUAGGUCUGUUUAGUUUAGAAGAUAGGCAGGUAAGGGGAAAACAUAACAGAGGCUUAUAAAAUUAUGCUUAGUGUCAAGGAAGUGGAUAACCAGUUUUACUUGCUCCUUCAUAAUGCUAGAACCUGGAUGUAUCCAAUGAAGCUGAAUAGGACUGACAAAAGGAAAUGCUUCUACACCAAAGGGGUCCACUUAUGUUCUUACAGGGCAGUGCUCAUAACCAAGACCCAUUGAGUAGAAUUCAGCAUCAGGCUCUUCCAGUCCGAUGGAGUGAUCCCCGCUCUUCUCCCACCUAUGCACUGUGCUCCCGCGCUGAGCCAAUUUCAGGGGACGCACCAGAAGAGGAGAGGGGGAAAGCCCUGCUGCACAAGCAGAAGUCCUUGUGCAAGGCUUCCACCGAAUGAGCUCAUUGGGUGAAUCUUGCCCAUUCAGUUCAAUGGAGCUUUAUCCCAUUAAGUGGGUAUAGUAGUGUGAUGUCUUGAUUUUGUUAAUACUCUUGUUCAACCAAGCAUUUGGAUCAAAACCAGCUGCCAAAUAUAAUGUUGCUAUUUGGAGACUGUGUAGCAGAAGGUUUAACAACUGGAGGCCCCUGGCCCACUAAGUGAUGCCAACUGUUCUUUCAGUUGCAAGGCUAGAUGCCAAAAGAACUGUGGAGGAAAUGACAGCCGUGGCAACAGAAUGUGCUGGCAGGACAUUAUAGGUGAAGGUGCUAGUCAACUAUUUCUCUAAGAUAGGCUUUGUUUGUUCUUUGUGCCUCUUCUCCCCUGCCCCAACAGUCAAGAGUCUGGCUUCAUUACUGUCCCUUAUUUAUAAGCAGGAAUGUGCUUUUUUUCCCAACCAUGG